AUGCCAUUUGCGCCGCGUCUGCUCGGUCUCACGCUGUGGGCGGCCACACACGCCGUCGAGGUGGUGGCGCAGAACACAACGACCCGCUGCUCAGUUGACGGCCUCAGUGGCCUUCUUGGCCAGGAUGACAGCGCCCAAGUGUUGAUGGCCAACACCGUCAGCAACAACGGGACAUUCGCCGAGGCAGGAAAUGUGGCAUAUCCCAAGUACGCGACCCACUUGCCCUCCCUCUGCGUCGCGACAGUCAACGUCACCUCUUCGCCAACAUCGUCCUAUACCUUUGGGAUCUUCUUGCCAGACGAGUGGAAUAAGCGUUUCCUCGCCGUUGGCAAUGGAGGCUUUUCCGGAGGCAUCAACUGGUAUGACAUGGGCACCGGCGUCAAGUACGGCUUUGCAACCAUCUCGACGUCAACCGGUCACAACUCGACAAGUCAAGACAUGAGUUGGGCUAUAAACAAUCCCGAAACGAAAGCCGACUGGGCUGGCCGUAGUCUGCACGGCUCGACGGUCCUGGCCAAGAAAGUUGUGGAGGGGUACUACGGGAAUGCGGCAAACAAGUCCUACUACUCGGGCUGCUCGACGGGAGGAAGGCAGGGCGUCAAGUCGGCGCAGGCCCACCCAGAAGAUUUUGACGGCAUCCUCGCUGGCGCGCCGGCUUGGAAGUCGACGAGCCAACAACUGUGGCAGCUCAAGGUCGGAGCCAUCAAUCUGCCGGAAGAUGGGCCGGGCUAUCUCCCAACUUCCAUGUUCGAGGUGAUUAGCGACGAGGUCCUCCGGCAGUGCGACGGCUCAGAUGGUGUUGCUGACGGGGUCAUCAUGGAUCCUAGACAUUGCAAUUUCCGACCCGAGAAGUUACUCUGCACAUCAAGCUCGACUAACCUGUCGGCCUGUCUGACGGCGCCGCAAGUCGCGACGCUUAAACAGCUCUACCUGCCCCUGAUCCAGCUGGAUGCGAAUGUCCACAACCUGACAUAUAUCUAUCCCAACUUCGGACUUGGGUCCGAAAUCCAGAUGCCGUCUUCAUUCGGUUCCAACAACCAGCCUAGUCUGUACGGAACCGACUACGCCAAGAACUAUCUGUUUGACGACCUGAACUGGGACUGGACAACCAGCUUCAACUACUCCACGUUUGUCGAGGCGGCAAGGCUCAACCCGGGGAACGUCAACGCGGACAACUUCAACUUGUCGGAGUUCCGAGGUCGAGGCGGCAAGCUUAUUACAUAUCACGGGUACGCCGAUGGACUCAUUCCCACGGAUGUCAGCCGGGUGCUCUAUGAUGAGACCUGGAUGGCGAUGGCGGAGCAGGGCGUGGACCUGGACGAGUUCUACCGUCUUUUCUUCGUACCGGGCAUGCAACACUGCUCGGGAAGCGUUUACGACGCGCCGUGGUACUUUGGCGGCAGCGGACAUGCGUCAAACCUGGAGACGAACGGGCAACAUGCUUUCCCUGUACCUGGACUGGACGACACCCAGCAUGAUGCUUUGCUUGCGCUGGUUGCCUGGGUGGAGGGCGGCUCAGGAGUAAACGAGCUUGUUGCGACGAAAUAUACCAACGAUACCGUCAGCAAUGGCAUCUUGAGGCAACGGCCCAUCUGCAAGUACCCUGGACAUGCAACGUGGGACGGUAAGGGGGAUGUGGAUGCCGCGUCCAGCUGGAGCUGCAUCGGAUUCGACUCCUGA